GGUAAUGCAGAAUAUGAUAAGAAUUGGCGAAUGUAAAAGCAGUUCAAUGAAAACCUAAUAUCCUUAAUAGGAAAAGGGCCCAAACCGACAAAAAUCUAUUAUUUAACAUUGUGCCUUAAAACAAACAAGAAAAACUUCUUCUUAUUGAUCGUAAAUUAAAUUGUACACUGCAACCCACAGACACAUCAUUUCAGAAAAUGAGAAGUGUGGAUUUAAAAAGGCUGACUAAGGAAGAGCUGGAUAAGUAUGAUGAAGAUGGAUUUAUCUGUGUAUCUGGAAUAUUUACAGAUCAAGAACUCGAAGAAAUCCGCCAAGAAUAUGAUCAAUUGUUCCAAAGGAAGAAGAUGGAGAAUGGAAGGUUAGAGGCAAGAUGGGCCGGAGAUUGGGAGAAGAAAGAUGAAAAAGAGAAAGACGAGACGGAGAAAAAUAUUGUGGAGAUCGAAAAUGAAAAAAAGAAAUCUGUUCUUUCAAUUCAUAAUCUACAGCAGCACAGUGCAGUGUUUACCAGACUUAUUCUUCAUAAAGGAUUACUGGAUGUUAUGGAAGAUAUUGUUGGGGAUGGGCUUGUUCUUCAUCAUACUAAAGCACAUCUUAAACCUGGAAAACAAGGAGCAGCUUUUCCCUCCCAUCAGGACUAUCAUUACUUCCCUUACAGGGACCAUAGUAUGAUCGCUGCAUUUGUGCAUCUCGAGGAUACAACUGCUGAAAACGGUGGAUUAGGUGUAUUUCCCGGCUCACAGAGAAAAGGUGCUCAGGAGAAUGUUUCAACCAACCCUGGAGUUUACUAUCUAAACCAGGAAGAAUGGAAUAUAGGAUUGGCAAAAGAAGUGAAGGCAAAAGCUGGAGAUGUAGUAAUAUUUUCAUACCUCUUGGUGCAUGCUAGCUAUCCUAACAUCUCAGAUAUACCACGUAGAAUGUUCCUACUCCAGGUUGCUGGUUCGAAUGAUGUUCCUGUCUCCAACCAACAUGUAUCCCCUGGUUCUGGACUUAUGCUUAGAGGUCGGAGCUACAUCACUCCAGCAGAUUUGGAUAUGAGACAUCUGGACCAAAACUAGACCUAGUUGGACCUUGGACCAUAACUAGAUAGAUUAGACCUUGGUCCACAACUAGAUAAGGUUGGACCUUGAUCCAAAACUACAUAAAGUUGAACCUUGGUCCACAACUAGAUAAAGUUGGACCUUGGUCCAAAACUAGAUAAAGUAGAACCUUAGUCCAAAACUAGAUAAAGUUGGACCUUCGUCCAAAACUAGAUAAAGUAGAACCUUGGUUCACAACUAGAUAAAGUUGGACCUUCGUCCAAAACUAGAUAAAGUAGAACCUUGGUCCAAAACUAGAUAAAGUUGGACCUUGGUCCAAAACUAGAUAUAGUAGAACCUUAGUCCACAACUAGAUAAAAUUGGACCUUAGUUCACAGCUAGAUAAAAUUAGACCUUGGACCAAAUCUCCUGUUUGGUGUUUUUUCAAUAUUUUUUGGAAAUUUUUUUUUUUAACCUUUUCUUCUCUCCAAACCAGAAGUUCAGAAAAGC